CUCAACCCCAGCAAUCUACAAUUGCUAUGCCAAUAGUACCGAGAAUUAUGGCGAACUCAGUCCCGUCGCCUUCCUAUCUCAAUCUAGGCUCUUGGACAGUGACAACAUACCUGCAGGCUCGCUGCUGGGUUUAUCUUUCACCUCCACGCGAAGACUGACCAGCCCAUCUUGCACACCCCAAACUGCAUCGCAACUCGUGCCCAAUAGAACAUGGCCCACGCCGCCUCUAAAGACGACCUUCGAGUCAGCACCCUCUUCGACUUCCGCUCGCAUGUCGUACUCGUGACAGGCGGAGCCACAGGCCUCGGCGAAAUGGCCGCGCAGGCCUUUGUGCAAAAUGGCGCCCGCGUCUUCAUCGCCUCUCGCAAAGAACAGGAGCUCGCGUCCACGACUGCGCGCCUCAAUGCCCUCGGUCCAGGCAAAUGCGAAUACAUAGUCGCCGACCUCAAAGACAAGGCCGGAUGCCUGGCCCUAUGCGAGGAAAUGAAGAAGCGGACAGACCGCCUGACGGUGCUCGUCAACAACUCGGGCGUCAGCUGGGGCGACGACUAUUACAAUUACCCCGAGCACGCAUGGGACAAGCUGUACGCGCUUAAUGUCAAGAGUAUCUUUUAUAUGACGGUGGGGCUCGAGCCAUUGCUGCUCAAAGGCGCCAACGCGGAUACGCCCGGCAGAGUAAUUAAUAUUUCAAGCAUGGCAGGGAUAGGCACCAUGGAUGUCACAACGGGCGAGACUGGCGGGCUGAGUAAACCAGGCACUGGCACUUUCUCAUACGGUCCAGCAAAGGCGGCGUGCAUCCACCUUACCAAGAUGCAGGCUUCGAAGCUCGCGCCAAAGAAUAUUAUGUGUAAUGCUAUUUGCCCUGGUGUUUUUCCCUCGCGGAUGACGAGCUUUGGACUGGAGAAAUAUGCAGAUUCCCUAACGGCGACACAGCCAACGGGUAGGGUGGGCAAGCCUAGUGAUUUCGCUGGUUUAGUGCUGUUUUUGAGUAGUGCUGGAAGCGCGCAUAUGACUGGCAAUGCUAUCGAGAUUGAUGGUGGUGCGGUCCUGACGGGACUCAAGGGCAAGGAUACAAGUUCGGGUAGUAAGUUGUAGGUCGGUUGGAAGUUGAGUAACGGUCCCUCACUAGUGGCUUGUUUUGAGUUUCAACGGUCGAUAGUUUAUGCCAAGCAAGACUGUGAUGUACACCUAUAUGCAUUAAUGCCGAGUUGGUGGAUAACGGGGCUCAUUGACGUGCAUUUGAUUCUU